AUGUCCAUACCUGGCAUACCAGGACUUGGACAAGCCGCAGCUGCUCCUACAUUCGCGGCAGGCCCAGCUACCGCCGCAGCUUCUACAAUCCAUGAGCUCCAAGCUAACUCAGAAUGGCGCUUUGAGGUCGCAUUUGGACAGAGCAUCGACGUGAAGGUGCUAUCAGGAACAGCAGAAAUCUUCGGCACAGAGCUCGCCGAAAAACAUACAUACACCUUCCGGGGGACCAAAUCGUCAAUCUUCACAUGGCACGGCUGCCGUCUGGAGGUCUCAGGACCAUGCGAAGAAUACACAGCAGAAGAUACCCCCAUGGUAUCAUACGUCAACACACAUUUUGCUUUAGAAAAACUACGAGAUGAAGCUGCUCAAAAUGGAGGGGAAGGACCCAGGGUUCUGGUAGUCGGACCAAAUAAUGCGGGGAAGACGAGUCUGGUUAAGUUGCUGACUUCAUAUGCAAUUCGAAUGGGCCGACAACCUAUGGUUAUCAAUACGGAUUCGAGGGAGGGGUUGUUGUCCAUCCCUGGAAGCUUGACUGCUACGCCGUUUGCCUCGAUUCUGGAUGUGGAGCAGGGAUGGGGAAGUAGUCCUACUAGUGGUCCUAGUCCGGUACCGGUGAAGUUACCGCUGUGCUAUUACUAUGGACUACCUAGCCCGGAAGAUAAUGCGAAAUUAUUCAAGCCCGUGGUCACGAGGUUGGCGUUGGCGGCAUCGAGCAGACUUGGAGUCGAUCCGGUUGUUAAGGGGACGGGGAUGAUCAUUGAUACUCCUGGAGUCAUAAGCCAGGGAAAGGAGGGGUAUGAGCUUAUAUCACAUAUCGUGUCGGAAUUUGCAGUGAACAUUAUCUUAGUUUUGGGUUCUGAGCGGUUACACAGUGAGAUGAACCGCCGAUUCUCUCAGAGUACUUCUGGGGCCGUUACUGUGGUGAAGCUGGAUAAGUCAGGCGGUUGCGUGGAUAGAGACGAUGCCUUUAUGCGACAUACGCAAGAAGCUUCCAUACGAGAGUACUUCUUCGGCGACCUAAAAAGAACCCUGAUAAAUUCUAUCAACCCAUCCUUCCUCCCCGGCGGCGAAGCCGAAACAAUGGACACAGGAUUAUACGAGAAAGUCGAGCCAUCAUCCAUGAUGUUACAUUGCAUUCUGGCAGUCAUGUAUGCGUCGCUCCGCGACUCCCAGGAGACGAUCCGAGAUGCGACGGUUAUGGGCUUUGUGUAUGUAGCGGAGGUGGAUGAGAAGAAACGGAGAAUGAAGAUUCUAGUCCCCAUGAAUACGAGGAUUACGGACCGGCCUAUGAUUUGGGGAACUUGGCCUGAGACUACCGUGAGUUUAAUAUGA